AAAAUUAACUUAAAUUACUGAAAUUUAAAAGAUACUUUGUACUAUAUUAUUUACAAUAUCAAAAUAUAUUUUUUAUUUCAUAAAAAAAUUAUAAGAAAUUGUAAAAUGCGUUGGCAAAUUUAUUUAGUUUUUGAGUUUUUUUGUGUUAUUUCUUCGUUAUGCAAACCAACACAUAAAGAUACAAUGAAUGAUUCUUUUGAUUUAUUUCAAGAUUACUGCAGAAAAGUACAACCUUUACUAGAACAAGAACUUAAAAAAACGAAAAAUGAUAUUAGAGAAGCUUUAUUCAGAACGAAUAAUGAAAUUUCUAUUCAAGAAAUAAGUACUGAUGAGGGGUAUGAGAUACCUGAAAAAAUAAAGCCAAUGAUUGAGCAAAUUUUCCCAGAUUCAACAGAGAUUUAUUUCAUUAAAGAUAUCUUAAAAAACUUAAAAGAAAUUAAAGACAAGAACACAAAAAAAAUAAUAAAGAAACUGGAAAAAUUCAAUGAAAAUGAAUAUAUAAGCCUUAGAAAUUUUGUACAAAUUUCGACUAAUAAAUAUAUUAAAGUUCCAAAACUAUUGGUGGGUUUAUUCAACAAUUUCCUUAAAAGAUUUCAUUAUUUAGAUACGUCAAACACUGGAUUAAUAUCUAAAAAUGAUUUUUCAAGUGUCUUAGAAGCAGUUCUCAAGAAUAGAGAUAUCAUAAAACAUGUAUUAAAACCUUUUGAAAGUGUAAAAAAUCUGAAUUAUGAUGCAUGGUUAAUGAAAAAAAGAAAAGUAGCAUAUGAAUUGAUUAAUCCACCAAAUAAUAUGAUAGAUGAGUAUGAGGCAGAUGAGUAUGAGACAGAUGAGUCUGACAUAAAUGAAAUUGUGUUACAUGAAGCACCUGACAUGGAUGAGAUUGAGACAGAUGAGUCUGAAAUGGAUGAAUUUAUGUUAGGUGAAGUACCCGAUAUAGAUGAGUUUGACAAAGAUGAGGACGAUAAAGAUGAUGAUAAUUCUUCAAAUUCAUCAUUUCAACAUUUGUUUUCUAAAACUAAAGAAAUUUUUAAGACUUUUAAACUCUAAAAAAUAAUAAUGAAGAAAUAUUAAUAUGAAUUCUUUUUUUUUUUUAUUUUCAUAUUUGCUGCUUAUUUGAAUACUCAGUAAAAAAAGUUGUUUUGUAUUUCAACAUUUUUAUACUUUUGUGGGAGAUUACGUGGCAGAGUAAUACUUAAUUAUAAAAAUAAUAUAAACCGCAGGUCGCCUUCACUCAAUAUUUAAAAAUGUUAAUAACUUCCAAAAUACUUGUUCAUAAUUUACCACGCACCAAUUACAAACCGUUAACAAUUGU